AAAUGAGUAACUUUAACGAUUAAACGAUUCUGUGAUAAUGUGCCGAUUUCUUUAUAGUGUUUUAAUUGUCUUAGCUUGUACAAUUUACUUGCCAGUAAUUAGUCAGUAUGUGGACUCCCCGUGCCCUGGGACUUUUGAGUAUCAAAGUGACGGUGGUGGAGUGUAUGGAGUGAUACACCUACAGCCUCAUGGACCUGUGUCUAGCAUACAAGUUACAGUUAAUUUUACGAUAGCAGCUAGAGUAUUUUCGGAUUAUCCAGGCCGCCUACAGCCAAUUAAUCCCUCAGGGUUACAAUUCAAUCAAGACUCGCCCAUAGACUACCGAGUUGAUUUCCCCGUCACCACACCCUUACCGAAGCUGACCUACCUCAUCGUCAACGGCAAAGUGUUAUGCUUCGGUCCUGGAGAUGUGCCCCAGCCUAAUUUAUACGUGACCACAAUCAGUCUGCAGCACAUGCUGUACCUACGAAGGGGAAGACCAGGAAAUCCGGAUUUCAACCAAGGAUUCAACCAGGAUUCCAAUACUGGGUUCAAUCAGGGAUCCAACCAAGGAUUCAAUCAGUUCAACACCCGCCCGAAACCCCAGGAUCCAUCUAUAAACAUCAUCUCUUCAUCACCGGACGCUCAAGUGUUUACAUUUAACGUGGAUAGUGAUCGUACCGGUAGUUGGAAUGAAGGAUUCCCGCGUCCACAACAGCAGCCACAAACUCAACGGCCACCGCCACCACCAUCACCAGUAGAGUACUAUCCAGAAUACACCACGUCUACUACGAGUAGAAGACCGCCACCUCCACCGCCGCGACCUCAAGCUACUUACCCAUCGUUGCCUUCGCGAAACCCCUCCUUCAGCUCUGAGUGUGGCGUGGUUGCGGGAGGCAACGAGCACGUACCUCUGAUCUUCCACGGCACUGGCUACACGCGAGGAGAUUGGCCGUGGCUGGUCGCCAUUUACAAGCGGAAGGAUGGCAGCCUCACGUUUGCCUGCUCUGGGACGCUGGUGUCUGAUCGACAUGUUGUGUCUGCUGCCCACUGCGUGCAGCAAAGAAGUACGCUGACCUCGAUCAGAGAUAUCGUAGUCAAAGUCGGCGUGCAUAACUUGGAAGACUGGGGAGACGAUAUCACCGUCACCAGGACUUUGGAAUCUGCCACCAUCCAUGAAGGGUUCAAUUCUUCGACGUAUGCAAAUGACCUUCUUGUGCUCACGUUUGAUAAAAGCGUAGAGUUCAACAACAACAUUAGGCCGGCUUGUCUCUGGAAUGGGAACAACGAUCUCAACAGGAUAGUGGGAGCUUCAGGAGUGGUAGCGGGUUGGGGGUCAAGCGAACUAGGUCCAGGCAGCAAAGGUGAACCUCGCAUGGUGCGGAUACCCGUCGUCAGCACCGCCAUGUGUCGGGCUAGCAGGCCCGACUUCCAUGUUUUCACUAGCGACCACACAUUCUGCGCAGGUGAUCGUAAUGGCGCUGGUCCUUGUUUAGGGGACUCCGGUGGAGGAUUAUAUAUUCUGGACGGAGGUCGCUGGCGCCUCCGCGGCGUAGUCUCACUGUCACUUCGACCAGAAAAUGGAGAAUCUACAUGCAACCUCAACGAAUACGUUAUUUUCACUGAUGCAGCGAAGUUUAUAGAGUGGAUUAAAAAUGUCAUAAGUAAUUAAUAAUUU